AUGAAUCCUGAUGCCUCCAUACCUCCUUUCACUGAACUGCCCUUUCCCCCAACCACUCCUGAACCCCUACACCGAACACCCUGGCAGCAGUACUCGCUGCCCCUCAUGACUUCAUCAUGCCCUCCUGGUGUCCCUCUGGGACUCUCUGUUAUCCCCAGGACACUGCUGCUGCCAGGAGUUGGGGACUCUGGCCCCACUGGAGCCAGGCCUGGCAAGGUCAUUGUCCAAGAAAGUCUGGACAGCACACAAUCCAGGCCUUUGCUGGAUGACUCCUCCUGUAACCCCAAGAGUGUUUACGAGAACUACCAACAUUGGCAAAGCUUCAAGUCCCUGGCCCGGAGGCACCAUCCCCACAGUCCUGAUACAGAAGCUCUUUCCUGCUUUCUCAUCCCAGUCCUCCGAUCCCUGGCCCGACUGAAGCCCACCAUGACUCUGGAGGCGGGACUGUGGAGAUCCGUGCAGGAAUGGGAGCGCAAAAGUAACUUUGACCGGAUGAUCUUCUACGAGAUGGCAGGAAAGUUCAUGGAGUUUGAGGCAGAGGAGGAGUUACAGAUUCAGAAGUUGCAGCAGAGGAAUGUGUCUGUGUGCCUGCCUCCUCCAUCUCCAUGGAAUCUUGAUCCUCAAAGGCCUUCAUCUACUGUGGUUGGCCAGCACUCAGCCACCGUUGAGCCAGAUGGAACAUAUCAAGAAGAAGAAAAUGAGCAACAGCAGGAAGAGAAUGGGACAUACCCAGACCUGGGACUCCUGAGUUACAUAGACAAGCUGUGUUCACAGGAAGCAUUUAUUACCAAGGUGGAAGCAGUUAUUCAUCCUCGAUUUCUGGAAAUGUUACUAUCACCAGAAUCACAGGUAGAUCCCGUGUCCUUAACACAGGAGCUGGAGAAAGAGGAAGGACUCACUCUCACCCAGGUAAACCAGAGGAGGAAGGGAGAAUCAUAA